GGCAGUUUCUGCGACAGCCUCGGCGUCUAGAGUUUAACUCAGGAGUUUUGCGCUUUCUUUGAAAUGGAUUUUCGAAUUUUUAACAAGAAAAAAAAAUACCUUUCUUUAGUAGUGAAUUACAGCAGUUUAAAAUUCUGUGCUUAAAAAUGUAAACAUCAAAAGCAUCUCACGCGGGUAAUAGUGUUCAGACAAAGCGGAAAUGCAUGAGGUCUUGGUUUUGCUCAUCCUGAUAGAGGAGGGUUUCGCAUUGGCACAGAAAACUCAAGCGUUGCCUCAAAAUGUGGCUGUUGAGGAUAAGAAACCUGCUCACUGUGGAACGUUGAUCCAGACUGCAAAUGGAGGGUCAUUCAGUUCUCCAAACUACCCCAAGACCUACCCACCUAAUAAGGAGUGUGUGUACAUACUGGAGGCCCAUCCACGGAAGAGAAUCAAGCUCGAGUUUGAUGACAUCUACUACAUCGAACCGUCCUUUCAGUGUCGGUUUGACAACAUUGAAAUUCGCGAUGGGCCGUUUGUUUUCUCUCCGUUGAUUAAUCGUUUCUGUGGGGCACAGAGUCCAGGACUGGUCACCUCCUCUGGACGUUUCAUGUGGAUCAGGUUUGCCAGUGAUGAGGAGUUGGAAGGAUUGGGCUUCAGGGUGGAGUACUCAUUUACUGCAGACCCUGAUUAUCACCUCCAUGUCGGAGGACUUUUGAAUCCCAUUCCAGACUGUCAGUUUGAAAUGUCUGGAUCAGAUGGUAUAAUCAGAUCUGGUCAAGUUGAGGAGGAAAACAAGGUGAAAUCAGGGGACGCAGUAGAUUGUAUAUGGACCAUACGAGCUCCACCGAUGUCAAAGAUCUACCUGCGCUUCCUGGACUAUCAGUUGGAGAACUCAAACGAGUGUAAAAAAAACUUUGUCGCGAUCUACGAAGGCAGCAAUGCCAUUGAAGACCUUAAGGCCAAGUUCUGUAGCACUGUUGCUAAUGACGUCACGGUUGACAACGCUGUGGGCGUGGUUCGAAUGUGGGCUGACGAGACCAGCAGACUGAGCCGGUUCCGUUUGCUCUUCACGGUCUUUGCUGAACCUCCAUGUUUGGCCAACACAUUUUUCUGCCACAGCAACAUGUGUAUCAACAACACUCUGGUUUGUAAUGGCGUUCAGAACUGUGUGUUCCCCUGGGAUGAAAACAACUGCAAAGAAAAGAAGUCUAAAGGGUUUUUCCUGCAAAUGAGCCAAACUCAUGUCACUGUCAUCGGAAUAUCCUCCGGAGUGGUCUGUCUCCUCCUCAUCAUAUCUGUAUUCAUACAGAUGAAGCAGCCGAGAAAGAAGGUUUUGAAUCGUAAGAGUUUGUUCAGUGCCACAGAGAUGCUGGAGGUGCUGGAGCCGCCUCAGUACGAGCUGUUCUCCAUGCGGGAAGCCGAGUUGCCGGAGGAGCUGGAGAGCCUGCAGAAACUCCGGCGGUCUUCCAGCACAUCCCGCUGCGUCCAUGAGCAUCACUGUGGCAUGCAGGGCAACGCCUCCAUAAGAGCGCAUAAUCUUUUGCAGGCUUCUGAGGAGCUGAGCGGGGUUGUAGGAGCCAGAGGCUGGGGCAGUUUGCACGGACGCAGGAGCAGCUCACUCGCGAACGCUUUCACGCGCGGUCCGCACGCGCAUGCUUACAGCGCACAGAGCCUGGGUGAGGCGUUAGAGGACAAGGAGGGGAGUCUGCAGGGCCGGGUGAUGGAGGAGAUUGGGUACAGUGAUGGUUACACCCAUGGAGGUCGUGUCGUUAUGGUGCGUAACCAUGCCAACCCUGUUCAGCAGCGCUCCCUAUCUAUGGACUUCUGAGUGAUGGAGAAGUGAGCUGACACAUGUAAAAAUACAAUAAUACAAUGCAUACAUGAAUGCAAACAUAACUGUAAAUGUUCCCUUCAUUGAUCAUGUUUGCCCACACCAUCAGUGUUCAUAAUGUCAUUUAAAGCCCUCGUUUGGUACAUCAGUUAGGCUUUGUUCACACUGCACAUACAUCUGAUUUUCAGACUGACUGUUCGCACUUGUCAAGUGGUGGCAUCAGAUAUUAUUGUUGAGACAGUGGAGUUAAUAUCCAGUGUAUCUACUGUACAUCAGUUGCUAUAAUAAUGACUUGCUAGCAGGAUAUGUGAACGUAAAUUAGUGAAUUCAUAAUACAACUUGGAAUGUGAUUUGUUAACAUUCAGAAAUGCAUGAACAAUAUUCAGAUAUUAAUUGGAUUUCAAACAACGUAGAAAUAUGCUUUGGAUCAGAUUUGAAAAAUUAGUUUUGAUAUUUAUUUUAUAGUAUAUAUUCAGACUGCAAGCAUCUAAACAGGUUUAAGUUGGACGCUGUUAAAUCAGCAGUGUUAACAGUGUUGUACGAUUCCUGAAUGAAUGACUCUUAUGAGCCGGUUCUUUUGAGUCUACACCAUUAAACAUACAGUGUUAACAGUGUUGUACGAUUCCUGAAUGAAUGACUCUUAUGAGCCGGUUCUUUUGAGUCUACACCAUUAAACAUACAGUGUUAACAGUGUUGUACGAUUCCUGAAUUAAUGACUCUUAUG